CACCAGCUGGCCGUGCGUGCGUGAAACGAGACCCCAAGCCGCGAAUACAAAACUCCCUCGGCCCUCGAUCUGUGUGUGGCUGCAACAAAGACUGAAAGGUCGGCUGUUGCCUGUGUAGAUUUUCUUCCACACUACCACAGUUGGCAAGCAGAAGUGAGUGCAAAGGAGCAGAUGCGUAUCGGAAGCUCCAGGUGAUAAGGCAAAACUACUGCGUGCCUGAUUAGAUGUAACACGUUUGCAGCACUGGUGUUGUUUCCUUCGAACACUUUUCACCGUUUACAGGUGAGAACUAGCAGAAGCCAGGCCAGUUUGCACCCGUGACCAGACCUCGCGGUUUCGAGUACACGCAUCGACCGUGUACUCCCGAGCUGACCGCGGGAGCAGCUCAUGCUCACCCAGCUAGAUUAUCGCCGGUUUGUGCGCUGUCCGACUGGUCUCCGGAUGAAAUUAUCAUCCUGGGCAGUCUCUCACACCGGACUGUAGUGUAGUAAUUGCUCGGCCUGUGGACUCCCUGGAAUCAGGCGCUUCAGGCGUUAGUUGGAGGUGAGAGUUUUGCUGGAAGUAGCUUGCUGGAUCUGUGCUGUAGGAGCUGUCUGCACGGGUCGUUUGGGAGCCAGGUCGGCAGCAGUUGUGCCUGUAGUACCGGACGAUGGAGAGUCCUCCGUCACGCUGAACCCACCGGUAAGCCGAGCGGAACGGCCAAGUAGCAGUUGUUACGGAGUCUAGUGUGACUGUGAGUGAAGGAGCCGCUCUGGAACUGUGCUGAGUUACGAUGGAUGUGUGUUGGAGGAUCUUGCUGGCGACGCUUGUGGCUGUUUUCUGCAGCUAUGUUUGCCGAGCACAACCAGGAAUCUGUAAAAACUGUUCUCCUGGGAGUGUGAUCCACAUCGGCAGCCUCGCACUCUGUCAGUGCCCAGCUGGGAUUAGCGGAGAGUGCUGCAAGGAACUGCUCGCCAACUGCUCCGAUCAGCCGUGCGACAACUAUGGGCUCUGUAACCAGACCAGCACAGAUCUUGUGGAAUGCCACUGCCUGGCAGGAACUAGUGGUGUGAGCUGCAGCAUCAAUGCGGACGACUGCGCAAGUAAUCCGUGUCCAGGGAAUGCCACGUGCAGAGACGGUAUCAACAACUACACCUGCCAAUGUAAUCCGGGAAUGACUGGUAUUCACUGCACUGAAAUCGACCACUGCCAUGGAUUUGUGUGCCACAACAAUGGCGUGUGCGUGGUCAACGGGACAAUGCCGUAUUGCCAAUGCCUGCAAGAUGUGUACUACGACGAUAUAUGUCUGAAUACAGACCCGUGCAUGUCCACGCCGUGUCACCUUGAUGCGACGUGCACGCCGGUGCAUUCACGAAUUGAACCGUACUACCUGUGCACGUGUCGGGCAGGUCUGACUGGCAGUACUUGCAAUCAGGAUCUGAAUGAGUGCUUGAAUGAGGAGCUGUGCCGCAACAAUGGCACCUGCGUCAACAAUCAUGGUAGCUAUAGCUGCUCCUGCAAGCCUGGCUUCACUGGCAGCCAGUGCGGAACUAACGUGGAUAGAUGUGCUUCGCAGCCGUGUGUACACGGUACUUGUCAGGAUCAGACUGCUGCCUUCUCCUGUUCUUGUGCUGCCGGUUAUACUGGUGUGCACUGUGAGACAUCCGUGAACGACUGUAUCGAGAAGGGUUGUUACAACGGAGGAACGUGUGUGGACGUGCACAAUAACUACACGUGUAUCUGUGCGCUGGGAUACACCGGGCCAUUCUGCGCUGAUGAUGUCGAUGAGUGUCUAGCAGCGCCCUGCCAGCGGAAUGGCACGUGCGACAACUACCCGGGAGUCUACCGCUGCAAGUGUGUCAGUGGCUUCACUGGCAAGCAUUGUUCUCGUGACGUGGACGAGUGCAGCACAACUCCUUGCAAGCACAGCGGCGUGUGCAGUAACACGGUCGGAUCCUACACGUGUGCUUGUCUGGCUGGUACCACCGGUGAUGACUGUGCUGUGGACGUGAACGAAUGCUCUUCAUCACCGUGUCUCAACGGAGGCACGUGUCAGCAAAGAAACUGGACCGUGUCGAUUACCAGUACAUACCACUGUCUGUGUCCACCGCAAUACACAGGUACGCGUUGUGAAACUCUCUGGGAUGACUGCUACGUUGAUGCUACGCACACACAUUGCCUGAAUGGUGGCACGUGUCAUGAUCAGGUUGGGACAUUCCGGUGUUCAUGUCCUGCUGGCUACACUGGCGUUCAUUGUGAGACGGAUGUCGACGAAUGUCUUCCGUCACCGUGUCUCAGCGGUGCGACAUGCCACGACAUGGUCAACGCAUUCCAGUGCACAUGCCCUGCUGGGUUCACCGGGUCGCAGUGCCAGAGCAGUGUCAUAGACCAUUGCCGUACAGCACCCUGUCCACACCAUUCCAGCUGUACAGACACACCGAGUGGCUACACUUGCCAGUGUGCCAGCGGUUACACCGGCGUACAAUGCCAGAUUGACAUCAACGAGUGUGCGUCACAGCCUUGCCGUAACGGUGGUCAGUGCAGCGACUUGCCUGGAGGUUUCAGUUGCUCCUGCACCGGAACACGUUACGCGGGCGAUCGGUGCGAGAUAAGCCUCUGCGACCGGCACUGCACCGCGGACAACACAAACAAGUGCAUAGCGGACACGGCAAUUCCAAAUGGUGUCCGCUGCCAGUGCCUGUCGGGCUACACGGGGUCGUCAUGUGACAAGGAAACGGACGAAUGCAAGCCCGACCCGUGUCACAAUGGCGCUGUCUGUGAGGACAAGGCCAAUGACUUUAAGUGCAAGUGUGCACCGGGAUUCAUGGGAAAGAUGUGUGAUGUCGACGAGGACGAGUGUGCACUGCUGCGUCCCGCGUGCGUUGUCGGCUCCUGCAACAACCACCACGGUUCCUACAGCUGCAUGUGCCCGGACGGAUUCAGCGGCUCACGCUGUGAGAACAAUCUGGACAACUGUGCUGCGGCGGUGGCAGCAGUGACAACGUCCGUACUGUGUCAAAACGGCGGAAGCUGUAUUGACGGCGCUGACCAUCAUACCUGCAUCUGCUCGGCUGGCUUCAUCGGUGACGAGUGUGAGAAGCGAAACGAGACGGUUUCCGCUAACAGUAUCUGCCCAAGCAGCUGCAAGUCAUACUCGGAUAACUAUUGCGACCAAGCAUGCAACAGGGCAGCUUGCUCGUGGGACCGUAUGGAUUGCUCCCUGCACUUCAAUCCCUGGCUGCAGUGCGCCCAUGUAGCAACCUCUGAUGGCAAGAAGUGCUGGGAAGUGUUCGAAGACGGAGUAUGCAAUCAAGAGUGUAACUGCGAUGUGUGCAAUUUCGACGGAAGAGACUGUGAAGCCAUGGAGCGGACAUGCAAUGAUUUAUCCACAUGCGAGAAUGACUUCAACAAUGAGAAGUGCAACGAAAACUGCAAUUCUCUGGCCUGUGGCUGGGAUGGUGGCGAUUGUGUCGAUGCAACAAUACUGUUGGAAGGAGAGCUUUGGAUGAUAGUGGAUGUUGAUGUCAAGCACUUCACCCGAGAGUUUGCCCAGUCGCUGCGCUACAACUUCAGCAAGUUGCUGCGUGGUAUCGUUGUCAUCGAGGCAAACGUAUCUGUCGACGGCAAGGCUGUAGAGGAGAUGGUGAAUGAGCUAAUGUCCUCGGCUGUAGAAUCUGGAUCACGCUCAAAACGAAGCAAACAACAGACCAAUCUGCUGGCGCGUUACUCUGGAAGGAACUUUACCAAUGUCAGCAUGACACUCAACGUUGCCCCGUGCAAGGCUGACCCGUCCACCAAGGACACGUGUUUCAUUGAUGUCCGGGAGGUGGCUAGUUUUGUCUCUGCAACAGCUCAAGUAUCUAAACUGGGCAGUGAUGAACACAUCAUCUCCGUUGGAGCUGCAACCAGCAAGACCAACACACCAGAGAAGGAACCAGGAUGGAUGGAGCACUUAUACAAGUACGGUUUACCAGGAAUUGGCACCGUGCUACUGGUGGGGGUGGCUGCGACCGUCGUGUUUAAGCGCAAGAAGCGGCUCCGAGCCCGCACCGUCAAGAUCUUCCCGGAGCCAAGCCGUAAGCGGGCCUCUUCGGGUCGCAAGUCUCCAGCCGGUGCUAGUGCCUGUGGCCAGGAUUCAAGCAUGGAGAUGAAGGAUCCGAAGUCUCCCAAACCCAUCAAGGAAGGUGCGUGGAUGACGGAGAGCAACACGGAGCCCAUCAGCAUGCACCCUGGUCUCGUUCACUACCGUAUCAACAAGCCGAGCGGCGCUGGCGGUCGACGCGUGUCUCCAGUCGGUAUGAGUGGCGAUGGCGCUGACACUGCUAUUAGCAGUUCCCAGCACUCACUCAGACACACUGGUGGUCAGACAAGCUCAGGUGGCAACACUAUGGGGGAUCCUAUGACGAUAAUCGGCAAGCCGCCGACAACGUCACUAGCCAAUUGGAGUACGCUACACAAGCAAGCGGCCAGUGGCGGCGGUGUAGGUGGCCACUUGUCAGGACCCAUACUCACACCGCCCAGCGACACCAGCAGCGAGGAUCUGGACCGCGUGCUGUCCAACGUCAACUCGCGCGGCCCGGACGGCAUCACGCCUCUGAUGCUGGCUGCUUGCAAUCCAAGCCAGUACGCCGACAUGAAGCCGCACCACGCCCAUCGCAUGAUGCCACCUCAGUCCCAUCUGCCCCCGGGCAUGGGAAACCCGUUGGACCCGCAUGGCAUCAUGUUUGCCAACCCGAUGGCGAUGACAGCAAUGACGACGGCACACUCCGAACUCUUCUACGGCAUGGGCCCGGCGGCACCAGAAAGCUUCCUGCAGAGACUGCUGACCAUGGGUGCCGACUGCAACGCCAGGACGUACUCGAUGCAAGAGACGGCUCUUCACCUGGCGGCCCGCUGCGGUGUGGCAGAUAAUGUCAACGUGCUUCUCCACUACGGCGCUGAUCCAAACGCAGUAGAUAAAUACGGUGCCAGCCCACUGCACGCUGCUGUGUCGGCCGGGGCUACGGCUGUUGUUCAGGUACUCCUGGGUCAUGAAGCCACCAACAUGGAUAUCCAAGCAGAAGACGGCACCACUGCCCUUAUGGUGGCUGCGCGCAGUGCCGACGAAGUUGAACUGAAUGCGAUCACGGAUCUCCUUCUCAGGCAUACCAAGCCACCUCAUCAAUCUAUCAACGCCAUUGACAAUGAAGGUCGUACUGCCCUUCACUGGGCAGCAGCAGUUGACAACGAGAGUGCAACAAGACUUCUGCUCAAGUAUGGAGCACAGAAGGAUGCACAGAACCACAAGGGUGAAACACCAUUAUACAUGGCAGCGCAAGACGGCUCACCUGCAACGGCCAGAGUCCUGCUUGAGAACUUUGCUAGUCGCAACAUCCUGGACAACAUGGAACAGUCUCCGCUGGAUAUUGCACGCAAGUUGCAUGCCCGUCAGGACAUCAUCCAAUUGCUGGAGAACAUGUCAAUCGGGACGGUUGCUAUGGCACAUGCAAAUGCCGCCGUCACCGCCGCUGCUAUGCCCACGUCGGUUGCUGCAGCUGCGGAGUAUGCCGCUCGCUUUGCACCGACCAGCAACUUCAGCAUGAUGAUGGCGGCCAACGCGGCUGCGUCCGCUGCACAGGAAGCUGUCUCCUCCUGCCAGUCUCCAUCGGAGCAGUUCUCCAAGCCAACACCACCGAUACCGAUGCAGCAACGGCCAGAGUUCAAACGUUCACUCUCGACUUCCGGCCAGGCAAUGUCCGGAGGAAUGGCGUUCCACUCGGCUAACAUAGGCCAUGCGUCAAGAGGCCAGCAGUCGGCCAAGGCCUUCCAGCCUCACCCUCCACCUCGUCAACACUCCCUGCUGCAGAAGCAGAUACGCAAUUCACCGCCACCCAAUAGUAUUGGUGCGAGUGCACCUGCAUCGUCGCAGCUCAGGAGAAACGUGACGUCGUCUGCUGCGGCUGCCCAUCUCACGGACUUGCAGCACCAAAAGCAGCAGCAGCAGCAGCACCAAAAGCAGCAGGUACUGUCACACUCGCACACCGCCGGUAGUAACACUCUGCACUACCUGCAAGCGAAUAAGAUAUCCUGCCGGCGGUCACCUGACAGUCAGGACAGUAGCAAGAGCAGUCACGGUAGCAACAUGCAGCAAAACUUGAGCCCCGCGCCCGGCAGUGAAGCUUCCCAUGGCAAGCUGCUGCAUCCACGGCAUGCAUCCGUGUCUGGGUCGUCCGGUACAGAAUCUUUGUCGCCACCAGCCCAGCACUCACCACAGAGUUCCAUCACAAGCCCGAGAAGCGCUGGCUCUGGGUCUGUGAGUCCUAAGUCGCACUCGGAUGCGUCCAGUCAACAGCAGAGGAACCUUCAGGACCUUGCUCAUCUCCGCCAUGUGCAGCAGCAACGCCUGCAACAGAAACAGAAACAACAAGUUAUGUUGGAAUGCAGGCGACAGCAGCAGGAAGGCCUGAUGGCCAUGUGGCAUCAACAGCAGCAGCAGCAACAGCAGCAACAACAGCAGCAGCAGCAACAACAACAACAGCAGCAGCAGCAGCAACAACACCACCAGCAGCAAGUUGCCUCCCUAGCUAACCGCUCUGGCAUGCACGGUGACAAAAUUGACCCAUCCUUGCCGUUGUGCAGCGAGUCGAAUGACCCCAUGCGACUGGACAGUCAGUUGUAUCAGCAACUUAGUACUGCGGCUGCUGGACUGCCUGCACUUGAUGGCAACGUGGAUGCUGGGCUUUUGCAGGAGUUGGAGAAUAGUGACAUGAUGGCUAACUUUCUACCUGCGUACCCACAGGUCGGCAUGGCCGCCGCGCAAGACCUGAUGAAGAUGGAGCAGCAGCUUCUGCUGCCCCUGCCCGAGGAAAGUGCAUCUAUUCCCGGUGCAACUGUUGCAGCAAGUUCACAGCCGUUUGCAGCUCCGUUCAGUGUCGCUGAUUCGUAUAAUGUGGCAGCAGGUAUGAAUAGCAUGAUCAUGCAGCAGCAACAACAGCAGCAGCAAACACACCACUCUGCGUCCGACUCCGGCACUAGCACCGACCACGGGCACCUGCUAUCUAGCGAUAGCUCGCAUCACUCUCCCGCUGCAUCUUCCUCGUCACCAUGGCGAUCCCUGUCGCCGCAGACAGCCUUCUCGGACAGUGGCGGGAGCAGCUCCACAAGCCCACCGCAGUCCGAUGACAGCCUGAAAACGCACUGGACGCAGCCGGACUCCGCGCUCGGUCCCUCCGCUCGCCAUAGAGCACCUGCAAUUGGAGCAGAGGCAUCUAAGCUGACUCACAACCAGCAAAUGCAGCAUGCAGCAGCACCACAGGUGCCCUUGCACAAGAAUCAUUAGUGAAAUGAGAGAGACAUAGAAAUGUAGAUGCUCUGACUGGCCCAAUGUUGGCCUAUAUCUUACCUUGAAGAUUUUGGUAUGAAUGAGAACUUCAACUGGUGCAUGCAAACCCAAACCCGAGCCAACACACAUCGGCCAAAAACAAUCGGUACGACAUUGUAGUGUUUUCCACUUUUCCCACUAUUACGGAUUCUUGACCGCAAUGAACUCAUUCUAAGUGUUUUGAUGUAACAAACAUGUCUUCAUGUCAUUGUUUUCACCAUACAGUAGCUUCUUUUUCUGAUCUAUUCUGGCCUUAGAACACUCAUAUCAAUUAUUAACUGCUUCAGUACACACAGCUAUCUCACCCAUCAUUUCUCACCCAUCAUUGUCAAUAUCUAUGCUUAGUUUGUUUGCCCGUUGAUUGGAAAUGGCUAUAUUCCGCGCAUGCUCCGCUCAGUGAAAGAUUCCUUGUUCCUCAUCGUUCAGCUACGCA